AUUAUCUUCUUCUCCCUUCUUGUCUCUCUCCUCGGCAGUCUCACCUACAGUGGCGAAAGAAAAAAAACGAACACAGAAAAAAUGGAGGUCGCCAUAGCAGCAGCUUCAAGCAUUGCGAUUCCGAAGCUCACCUCAUCUUUCCCAGCAGCUACUUCCAGGCCAAUUCACCGCAACCGAGCUCUUUCAUUCUUCUCCUCGCCUUCUUCGUCGACUUCUUUGUCGGCAAGCACUGUCUCUCCCUUCUCGUCCGGCGCCAUUGGGGAAUCGUAUGGAAUUGGAAGCAAGCCCGACGCUCUCUAUCCAGCACCAAUUCCAAGCUCUAAGGCCAAACGAAGCGUUGUCGUCAUGGUUAUUCCUUAUACAAGGGGAAGUGCGUGGGAGCAACCUCCUCCCGAUUUGGCGUCUUACUUGUUCAAGAAUCGGAUUGUUUACCUGGGCAUGUCCCUUGUUCCUUCCGUCACCGAGUUAAUACUUGCAGAAUUUCUUUACCUUCAGUAUGAAGAUGAAGAAAAACCUAUAUAUCUGUACAUCAACUCCACAGGGACAACCAAGGCAUUCUCUUCUUCUCCUUAACAUCCUAACCUUUUGUUUCUCAGGGUCUUCUUAUUACGCUCUAAAUAUUGGCUAUUUCUAGAUGUAAUAUAUUCAAAUGGUAUAUAUACUAUCAUAGUCCUUGUAUAUUUCUGUCAUUUUUAGCAUAGUGUUCAGAAGCUAAAUUAGAUUAGCAUCGUAAGGUAUCUUGACCUUUUCUUCCGAGUUCCUUGGUUAUAGAGAUGAACUACAUCGGCGGCUUCUGCUUCUUGUCUGCUAAGAAAUGGAUACUCAUGACAUUGAGUUAACCUUUCUAUGGCCUGCUCCUGAUGAAAUCUCUAAUUCACAGCGCAAGGAAAUAUCAUAGCUGGGUUCCUUGGCUUCCUCCAUUUAUUUUCUGUUGUAACUUUAUUCACUAGGAACCUGAAUUUGAUGUUUCCAUAGGUUUGUGAAAGAGAAAAUAUCAAAUGAUCUUGACAACGAACAGACCCGUUUUCAAGAAUCCUUCUCUGCAUUUCGCGGUGGUGAAAAGCUGAGUUAUGAGACAGAGGCCUUUGCUAUUUAUGAUGUUAUGGGGUAUGUAAAGCCACCGAUAUUCACUCUCUGCGUUGGUAAUGCUUGGGGAGAGGCUGCCUUGCUAUUGGCUGCUGGUGCAAAAGGAAACCGUUCUGCAUUACCUUCGUCAACUAUCAUGAUUAAGCAGCCCAUAGGGAGAUUUCAGGGCCAAGCUACAGAUGUUGAACUUGCAAGAAAAGAAAUGAAUAAUGUUAAAGCAGAACUGGUCAACCUCUUUGCAAAGCACAUUGGGAAGACAUCUGAACAGAUUGAAGCUGAUAUCAGCAGGCCAAAGUACUUUAGUCCAGCUGAGGCAGUUGAAUAUGGAAUCAUAGACAAAGUCUUGUACAAUGAAAGAGGCAGCGAAGACCGUGGAGUUGUUUCUGACCUUAAAAAGGCACAGCUGAUAUAAUUGCUGGUAGAUGAUGUCAGUGGGUUUUAACAAGUGUGAGGUAACAUGCAAUCGCAUGUCAGUCAUACAAGUUCUUAUUCCGAAUUUUAUUUUAGGGAAAUAUGGCUGCCUUAAGAUUCAAACCUAGGUUUAGUUGAAUGUUUGUCAUUCUAAAUACUACUUGGCCAAUCCUUUGGGUUUUGGUGGGUUGAUGUUUAACAAGCUUUACUUAAAUGGAUUAGAACUGUUUACGUAGAGAACAUGUACUCUCAAUGAAGGGUUGGUACCUAGCCUUUUUAUAUUAAUUUGAUUGGUACUUCAGUUAGGUCCUUGCUAUCGAAGUGGUAAGUAACCCGUCCUGUUUAACUAAUUGGGUACCAUGUUGUCUUUCCUAACUAGUUGAUUGUCAUAUAGUAAUAGAAGUGUUUUAAGUACAAAGAAGCUGCCCAACUUUGUCCAAGAGAAGAUUGGUAAAGGAUUUUAUUGUGGACGAAUCAUUUAGCACUAUGAAAAAUGAAAUGAAAGUGAAAGUACCAAUUAGUCGGAUAGAACAUCAAUUUUUCAGUAAAAUUAUUGUGAAGAAACUAAGUAAUCAGAACUGAUAGGUUUUGCUCACUUUUUAAACACAGUUGUAGUGAAGUGAUCAAACGGUUGGGAACCAAAGGGCUAGCUUUGUUAUUGAAUUCAGAUGCAUAAAGUUCUGGGCUUGUGCUACCGUUUAGAUCCAACCCACUAGUUGGUGCUUUGGAAUAGCAAUUGAAAUAGUUUUCUUAGAAACUUAAGGGUAAAAAGCCUCAUCAAUUGUAGUAUCGACUGGUGGCAUAAAGGUACAAUGUUUUAGUUAGUAUAGCUUCCCUUCUUUGGUUCAGCCAAGGAAGAGCACCACCUGUCUGGUAAAAGAUGUAGACAGCCCUGAAUUAGGUUACAUCGUCAAGCACUGGGCAAUUGUCUGUGUUAUUCUGUUCUUUGAUUAUCAAGGUACUUGUUCUAUUAAUGGUGAGACUUCCCCAUUACUAUUGGUCCAUCUGUUGCACAAUUCUUUCCCGUAUUUGAUUUAACCUGGCGCUUCUUGAUUGUUCUGUGUUAGAUACUGAGAAAAAAGAGGCAGCAUAUUUAGUGGUAGUGUUUAUGACUUAUUGAUAUUUCUUUCUUUGCUUGCAAAAAUGUAUGAAGAUGAUGCCAAGUUCUAAGCAGCUCUGUAGAGAUAUGAACCGUACACAUAGAAAGAACACUCAGCACCAAGUCAAAGUUGAGUUUGCUCUUUAUUAUUUGCUUGAAAGUGGGAUAUAGCUAUUUAGAUUGAUACUCAUACUUGCACAAAGCCCCAUUAUUAUUAUUGUGUUGGCCACUGUUUUAGAGUUGGAUGGUGCUGUUAGUUAGGGCCUUUUUUAUUGACACUUGUACGAUGUAUUGCCAAUACUAUAGCUUGCCUGCUCUAGUGGUUGUCACCAUCGUACAGCAAAUUGUGUUCAAUUGAUCUGUGGGUUUAAGCAUAAAUUGGGGAGUGGGUCAGUCGAUUCACAUUGUACUGAAUCGACAUUUGGAUUGGACUCGACCUUGAACCGAUGCAAUUUUAAAUCUAGUUUUGGUUUCGAUUCUCAUAUGCAAGUUAAUGAUGAAGACUAGAGCCAUGUCAAACAUGUUUGGUUUUGCUGCCUAGGGCUGAAGCUUCGGAGUUUGGAAGGUGCAAUGCUAAGAGAAGAGGCAAGCGAAGAAGCUUUUCCAGCAGCAGUGGAGAAAAAGGCUCGGGAGCUACCUCCCCCUUUGUUUUAAGUAUACCUGGGAAUUGGUGGUGGGGAAGCAUUUGUGACCACAAUGUACAAUGUUCUUCACAUUUCCUCUUUCUUCACUCUGUAUCCUUAGUUUCAACACUUGUCGAACUGACAUUGAGGCUUAUUUCUACCCUUGCUUCAAUCUGUAGUAUUUGUUGUUGAAGCUUUAGAUAUGAUUGAAUUACUCAGUAAUCAUGUCAUUAUUUCGUAAUCAAUCAAUCAGCAGCAGGUGGUUGGUUUAGUGGCAGUGCAGUUCUUUAUUGCUGUGCUGAGUCGUCUUCCUGAACUUGCAAUAUUUGUAUUGAAACAAGUUGCUGCCAAGUGCAAAAUGGACGAU